UUCCAGUUCUCCAAGGGAGCCGUGUACUGGACGGACGUGAGCGAGGAGGCCAUCAAGCAGACCUACCUGAACCAGACGGGGGCCGCCGUGCAGAACGUGGUCAUCUCCGGCUUGGUGUCGCCCGACGGCCUGGCCUGUGACUGGGUCGGCAAGAAGCUGUACUGGACGGACUCGGAGACCAAUCGCAUCGAGGUGGCCAACCUCAACGGCACGUCCCGGAAGGUCCUCUUCUGGCAAGACCUCGACCAGCCUCGGGCCAUCGCCUUGGACCCCGCUCACGGGUACAUGUACUGGACAGACUGGGGCGAGACGCCCCGAAUCGAGCGGGCGGGGAUGGAUGGCAGCACCCGGAAGGUCAUUGUGGACUCGGACAUUUACUGGCCCAAUGGGCUGACCAUCGACUUGGAGGAGCAAAAGCUUUAUUGGGCCGACGCCAAGCUCAGUUUCAUCCACCGCGCCAACCUGGACGGCUCCUUCCGGCAGAAGGUGGUGGAGGGCAGCCUGACGCACCCCUUUGCCCUGACGCUCUCUGGGGACACUCUGUACUGGACCGACUGGCAGACCCGCUCCAUUCACGCCUGUAACAAGAGGACAGGGGAGAAGCGGAAGGAGAUUCUCAGCGCUCUCUACUCGCCCAUGGACAUUCAAGUGCUCAGCCCGGAGCGGCAGCCUUACUUCCGCACGCAGUGUGAGGAGGACAAUGGUGGCUGCUCCCACCUGUGCCUGUUGUCCCCGAGGGAGCCUUUCUACACCUGCGCCUGCCCCACUGGCGUGCAGCUUCAGGACAACGGCAAGACGUGCAAGGCAGGGGCCGAGGAGGUGCUGCUGCUGGCCCGGCGGACGGAUCUGCGGAGGAUCUCGCUGGACACUCCGGACUUCACUGACAUCGUGCUGCAGGUGGAUGACAUCCGGCACGCCAUCGCCAUCGACUACGACCCGCUGGAGGGCUAUGUCUACUGGACAGACGACGAGGUGCGGGCCAUCCGCAGGGCGUACCUGGACGGGUCGGGGGCGCAGACGCUGGUCAACACCGAGAUCAACGAUCCCGACGGCAUUGCAGUGGACUGGGUGGCCCGGAACCUCUACUGGACUGACACCGGCACCGACCGCAUCGAGGUGACACGCCUCAAUGGCACCUCCCGCAAGAUCCUGGUGUCCGAGGACCUGGACGAGCCCCGCGCCAUCGUGCUGCACCCCGUGAUGGGCCUCAUGUACUGGACAGACUGGGGGGAAAACCCCAAAAUCGAGUGCGCCAACCUGGAUGGGCAGGAGCGGCACGUCCUGGUGAACACCUCCCUUGGCUGGCCCAACGGCUUGGCCCUGGACGUACAAGAGGGAAAGCUCUACUGGGGGGAUGCCAAGACGGACAAGAUCGAGGUGAUCAACGUCGACGGGACAAAGAGGCGGACGCUCCUGGAGGACAAACUCCCGCACAUUUUCGGGUUCACGCUGCUGGGGGACUUCAUCUACUGGACCGACUGGCAGCGGCGCAGCAUCGAGCGUGUGCACAAGGUCAAGGCCAGCCGGGACGUCAUCAUUGACCAGCUGCCCGAUCUGAUGGGGCUCAAGGCCGUGAAUGUGGCCAAGGUCGUCGGAACCAACCCGUGUGCGGACAGGAACGGGGGUGCAGCCAUCUGUGCUUCUUCACACCCCGUGCGACCAAGUGCGGCUGCCCCAUCGGCCUGGAGCUGCUGAGCGACCUGAAGACCUGCAUUGUCCCGGAGGCCUUCCUCGUGUUCACAAGCCGAGCCACCAUCCACAGGAUCUCCCUGGAGACCAACAACAAUGACGU